AAUAAAAAACAAAAAUGUUGAUUUCUGGGUUUAUAUAUAGUGCCUGAGAUUUUGGAAGUACCAUCACCUCAAUAUCCAUUAUUCUCUCAUAAUUCUAAGAGCUACCCCUUAAUUUUACUUCAAAUUUCCAAAAACUCUAAAAAAAUGGGUGAACCUCCAAGGGCUAAUGGAAACCAUGAAGUGGCCAUCAACGUUAAAGAUGGUAAUCACUCUUCUUCCUCAAAUUCCAUGGACAAUAGUUCUUGCUUCAGCGUCCAUUUCCUCCAGAAGAUGAUAGCGGAGGUGUUAGGAACGUACUUCCUGAUAUUCGCAGGGUGUGCCGCGGUAACAGUAAAUUUAAACAGUGAAAAAGUGGUAACUUUGCCUGGUAUUGCAAUUGUUUGGGGUUCGGCGGUUAUGGUCAUGGUUUACUCUGUAGGACACAUCUCUGGUGCUCAUUUUAACCCUGCUGUUACCAUCGCUUUUGCUACUUCCCGCAGAUUUCCUUGGAAACAGGUGCCAGGAUUUGUGAUAUGUCAAGUAGUGGGAUCUACACUUGCAAGCGGAACACUGCGACUUAUAUUCAAUGGACACCAAAAUCAAUUUGCAGGGACAUCUCCUGCUGGAUCAAACAUUCAAUCUUUAGUCAUUGAAUUCAUCAUCACCUUCUACCUCAUGUUUGUCAUUUCCGGAGUUGCUACCGAUAAUCGAGCGAUAGGAGAGCUUGCAGGUCUUGCCGUUGGAUCGACCGUCUUACUUAACGUCAUGUUUGCUGGGCCAAUAUCAGGAGCUUCAAUGAACCCAGCCAGAAGCCUAGGGCCAGCAAUUGUAUCAAACCAUUACACGGGAAUAUGGAUAUACCUUGUCGGGCCAACUGCUGGAGCUAUAGCUGGUGCAAUGGUGUACAAUCUUAUAAGGUUCACUGACAAGCCAUUACGCGAGAUUACCAAGACUGGAUCAUUCCUCAAGACUAAGGGCUCAUCUGUAUCACGCAAUGGUUCUUCACAAUACUAGCUAGGUUCUUAGAGAUGAAACAGCAACUUACUUCUAGAGUCUAGAGGGUUUUCUUUCAUCAUAAACUUUGAAAACCUAGCUUUUAACCUAGCCUUUGUUACAAGUGAGAUGGAUCAUAUAAUUUAUACUAGCCUACGUAUGCGCGCGCGUGCCUUGUCACAUUUCGUAUCUAAGUGAGGAAGAUGUUCUAUUUCAAUUGUUAUAUAUAAUAUGUGUAAUUCGAAUAGAUAUUAGAUUACAUCUUGUGCACUUACGGAUAUUAUAAUACUAGAACAGGUCCUGUGCAUGCACGGAUAUUCUAAUAUUAGUUUGAUCAUUUUUAUAAAAUAUUUGAGUAACAAAAUAA